AGUGUUGCGAUCAAGUCCCACAAAGAUUUCAUCCAUGCCCCUCCUCUGACAUCGGACAGGGUCAUUGUCAUGCUCAACACACAAAACAGGGUGAACGGGUAUGUACGUUGGUCAGUCAACAAUGUCUCGUUCAACAUGCCUCAUACGCCUUACCUGAUCGCCCUUAAGCACAACUUAUUACAUACUUUUGAGCAAACCUCUCCUCCAGACAACUAUGACCACAAGAAUUAUGACAUCUUCAAUAUCGCGCCCAAUGUGAAUGCUACAACUAGCAACUCAAUUUAUCGAUUGAAGUUUAACACAACAGUGGACAUCAUAUUGCAAAAUGCCAACACAAUGAAUCUAAACAACAGUGAGACACAUCCUUGGCAUUUACAUGGACAUGACUUUUGGGUCAUGGGCUAUGGUAAUGGAAAGUUCAACCAAUCUAUUGACCCAAAGAAUUACAACUUUGUGAACCCAAUAAUGAAAAACACAAUCCCAGUCCAUCCUUAUGGAUGGACCGCAUUGCGAUUUCGGGCCGAUAAUCCAGGAGUUUGGGCCUUCCAUUGCCAUAUUGAGUCACAUUUCUUCAUGGGAAUGGGAGUUGUAUUUGAAGAAGGAAUUGAGAAAGUUGGCAAAUUGCCUACUUCUAUCAUGGGCUGUGGAGAAAGUAAAAGGUUCCUCAGGCCUUAAGUUCUUUAACAUUAUUGUCCAAAAGAUUACUUUAGUUUGAUAUUGUUUGGAUUCUUUUGAUAGUUGCCAAAAAUAAAAAAAAAUGUGUUCCUUUUUGUUUUAAAA